GAAACAUCGCAAGGUUUCGACGACGUUGGUAUGAAAUGGCAGAAACUGCUUGUGUCACGGAAGCACAAAGAUUAGGUUACGUUGAAGCUACACAUGUAUUUUGCGAUGAUCCCGGCCUGCUAGUGUGAGGGAAACGGGAGUGUAUCCGGAAGAAAAAGGGAUUAAAGAGCUGUUUUUUUUCUCCAAAAAAAAAAAGAAAAAAAAAAAACGUCCGGGUUGUGUCUCCAGUAGGCAGCAAACAGCGACUGCGGGUCGACACUGUUGGAAUUAACCGGAGAGUGGUCUCGAGAGGGGAACUCCACUUGGAUGCCCAGUCACAGCGUUUGUCCAAGGCUUCACCAUGAACCGGAACAAGCGUGAAAAGGAGUACUAUAGUAUAGAUGUGGGCGACUCAACUUUCAUGGUUUUAAAGCGCUACCAGAACCUCAGACCCAUCGGAUCCGGAGCACAGGGAAUUGUCUGUUCAGCGUAUGACCACAACUUGGAGAGGAACGUCGCCAUCAAGAAGCUGAGCCGGCCGUUUCAGAAUCAGACUCACGCAAAACGGGCCUACAGAGAGCUGGUGCUCAUGAAAUGUGUCAACCACAAGAACAUAAUCGGCCUAUUAAAUGUAUUCACACCACAGAAGACACUGGAAGAAUUCCAAGAUGUGUAUCUCGUGAUGGAGCUGAUGGAUGCCAACCUCUGCCAGGUGAUUCAGAUGGAGCUGGACCACGAGAGGCUGUCCUACCUGCUCUACCAGAUGCUGUGUGGAAUCAAACACCUGCACGCUGCCGGCAUCAUACACAGGGUGAGGCGCAGCCACACGCAUGCAGACCCAUGGAACAGUUUGCGUGCAUCAGCUCCAGAUAAGCAGGACCUGAAGCCCAGCAAUAUUGUGGUGAAGUCUGACUGCACACUGAAGAUCCUGGACUUUGGCCUGGCGAGGACAGCCGCCACCGGCCUCCUCAUGACGCCCUACGUGGUCACCCGUUACUACCGCGCCCCUGAAGUCAUCCUGGGCAUGGGCUACCAGGCCAAUGUUGAUGUCUGGUCUGUUGGCUGCAUCAUGGCCGAAAUGGUCCGGGGUAGUGUGUUGUUUCCAGGCACUGAUCAUAUUGACCAGUGGAAUAAGGUGAUCGAGCAGCUGGGCACACCGUCUCAGGAGUUCCUGAUGAAGCUCAACCAGUCAGUGAGAACCUACGUGGAGAACAGGCCACGGUAUGCCGGCUACAGCUUCGAGAAGCUCUUCCCUGACGUCCUGUUUCCUGCAGACUCUGAACACAACAAACUGAAAGCGAGCCAAGCCCGAGACCUGUUAUCCAAGAUGCUGGUAAUAGACGCGUCAAAGCGGAUCUCAGUGGAUGAAGCUCUCCAGCACCCUUAUAUCAACGUGUGGUAUGACCCGACUGAAGUGGAGGCGCCGCCACCAGUGAUCACAGACAAGCAGCUGGAUGAGAGAGAGCACACAGUGGAGGAGUGGAAAGAGUUGAUAUACAAAGAAGUGUUGGACUGGGAGGAGAGGACAAAGAAUGGUGUCAUCAGGGGACAGCCAGCUUCCAUAGGUGCAACAGUGAGCAGCGGCCCCCAGCAGCACCACCAGCACCACACCUCCACGUCCUCCUCCGCCAACGACGUCUCCUCCACGUCCACCGACCCGACCCUGACCGACACCGACAGCAGCCUGGAGACAGCCAGCACCACUGCUGUCCCCGCCGCCGCCCCCGCCGCUGCUGCUGCUACAGCCAGCGCCCCCCUGGGCUGCUGCAGAUGACUAUCAUCUCCACCUCCUUCUGGUCCUGGUCUGGGCCUGCCCCCUGGUCACAUCCGAGACCGCUUGCCCGACACUGGCCCCUGGUCCCAACCCCCCUGCAUUUGCCUCCUCCCACCUCCUCUCUGUGCUUGUCUUCAGUAGUGUAGCGAUUAGCCAGCUAGCUGUUUGGGAACUAUUUUGAUUUCUGAAAGGACAGAUCUUUAUUCUUUUUUUAUUACAGUUAUAGUCUUUUUUUUUAAAUUAGGAUUUCUUUUCAUUUGAGUCCUAGCUGUAAUUUAUUGUGGCAUUUCUUAAUUUUUCAGAAACCUAAGAUGAUGAUAAGAGAAUUUUUAUGAUUUCACUAUGUUCCGGUUUGCAUUAACCGACAGUGAGAAUUUAAAGGAAUACCUGUAAAAUGUUUUAAUGUGAUCUAUUUUUCUGUUGAAAGUCAUUUGUUUCACUUGUAAGCUACUGCUUUUACAACUUGCCAUAUAAAUGUAGACUGAGUUUGUACAGAUUUUAUGGUAGAUGUAGUUUUAUCUUCGAUACAAGUUUGCAGUGAGCCAUUGAAACAUAAUCGAAUUGACAAAUGUAUGGUUUUGGUCCUCCCCUCAUCUGUUUUAGCUCACAUAAUAUGGAUACUGUUUUACAUGCAUCUGACAUUUCCGUUUAUUUGACCUGAGAUCAUGUAGAUUUACUUGUGAAAAUGUUUCUUGUGAGUCACGACUACUUCCCACAUUGUAAAAUUUUAAUGAAAGCUUUAUAAGUUUGCUCAUUCUUCACUUCCUGGUCAGACAUGAUAGGAUUUCAAAAUGAAUUUCACUCACCAUGUGAUUCAUUUUACCGUCUACAUUUAAGCUAUAGGAUUGAUGAUGGCACAGUUAGGUCCUGCAAGAUAACGUGGAGCUUUUUGAUGACGGUCUUCUGUAUUUUUAAGUGCUUUAAAGUACCUCUUCCUCUUGUCUGCAACAGGCUGUGAAACAUUAUGGGACUGGAGUGGUGGUAUUGCUUUGGAGGACUGGGUGCACGGAGCUCUUUCACGCUCUCCACUGGCUUGCUUUGACAGUGAGGUAUUGCUAACAGUUCAGGACUUGAGAAUGUUGUUUUUAUUUAUUUUUUUUUUCUGUUUGUUUUUUUGUCUGGCGCUUCGGGAGGUUUUUCGAGAUGUAGAGUUGUGCGAAGUCGUAAAAUUGGUGACGGUUUAAGUAGAAUGUGCUUCGGUCAAGUAGGGAAUUGUGAUAUUGGGAACGCAUGUGAACGUGUUGGUUUUUCGGUGUUUUGGAGGGAUAGUGACUCUGCAGCCUGAUGGAACAGCGUGAAAAGAUGUCUACUUCCUACCACCAGAUCCCGUUUUUAGUCAUGUGCUUUUGUGAAUUUGGAAAUUUGAAAGUGAUUUUUCUAAAAGUUGGCCAAACUCUUUGUGUACCAGACUUGCCUGCAAUUGUGAAUAAAACUCAAAGAACGUAAAACUUAGCAUGUUAAACAGCAGCACAAACAACCAGAGUCAAAAGAAACGAGUUAUUCUUUCGGUAUGCAAUAAUAGUGCCCUAUUUGUGUGUGUUUGGUUUAACUUUGGAGGGAAAAGUGCCUGUUGUUAGUCAUUCAUUCCUGAGUACCUGGGAGGAAGUAUAUUCAUCAUAUGUAGGGUUUUAUGGCGUCUGGAUAACAACAGUAGUUUCCAUAUCAAACCAAUAAUGUAUGACGGGGCUGUAGUUUUCACAAAUGUGUCGUAUAUUUUUCUACUUGUUUUGAUUUCGACCCUUGAGUGGGAGACUGUGGUGUCUUGCAGGGUAAGAAGGUGAUGACGUAUACGUUGAGAUGCUUAAGCAUGUGUUUGAGUCAUUUCAGAAGAAAAGGCAGUUUUAUCAAGGUCUUUCAUCAAAGUAAAAAGAAGUGUUUCUUUGCCGUGACAGCAACCGAAAUAUAGGUUAAUAACAGUUUUUUGGCUUUUCUCUGAGUGCUAAUUCAAUGUGAUGACUGUAGGAGAGAAGAAUGAACGGGAUAGACAUGUUUUAAAAUUCAACUACUGGAUCAAACUAAAUGAGUGAACUCUGCGACUGAAUUGUUGUCAGUAUUUUCUGAUGGUUUUGGAUGCUGUUGGAAGGCAGACUGAUGCGUUAGUUCCAAAAACAAAUCUGAGAGGCAGAGCCAAACAGCCGCACUCUGGCUGAGUCAUUUUUUAAAGUCUUUAAACGCUUGUGCUUCUAACUGAAAAAAAGCUCUAACCAUAGUAACUGUGGUUGAAACAAGCCAUAUUAGCAUAAAGCUAUCUAGGCAAGUUGUGUCAUGGUUUGUUGACGUUUUGAGGAUCAUGACUAUCAUUGUCAUAGCGGAAUGAGAGCCCGUGAUAUUUUCAGUUUCAAUUUAUUGCUCAACCAUUGAGGCGUCAUGCAGCCUCUCCGCCUGCCAGAAAUGUUUGCAGAACUAAACUUCUGAUCUGCAAGAGGCCGAGUUGGGAUGCAUUGCACUGUCAUGGAUCAUGAGCAGGUGUUGUGGAUGUUGACAGCAGAGACAUAAACAUUACUGUGUCUACCUUGAACCUGUCUUGGUCUGUGAUAAAGAUGCUUUUCUAGGAAGCUCAAAGCGAAGUUGCAAGAACGGUUGUGUUUAGGCUGUAGCAUAUGCUGCUUAGCUCUGUGCUGUGCUCUGCUUUAGAAACGUGUUAUUGUCUGCCAAACGUGUAAGGCUAAACAUGGAUGUUACCAUUUAUUUAACGGCAUGAUUUCUCAUACCGCCGCACUGUGGCUCGUACUCCGCUUCGAGCUCUGGAUUUGCACCAGCUAUUCGUAAAUCCAUUGUUAAGUCUGUGCGUGUAUGUUCUACCUAAGUCACUACUAGCUAGUUCGUAACUGGUGAUUUCGUAAAUUGGGUUGCACCAUUAAAACUUAAAGAAUGUCUUAGCCAGUAAAAACCCUGGCAGUCGGUAAAUAGGUUGCGAGAAAUCAUCUGUAGCUAUGUCGGAAAAAAUUGGUCAGCUAUGGGAAAUGGAAUUGAUGUUAGCAUCACUAACUUCCAAAAAUGAUACUUUUAGUCAGCCAAACGAUAUAUUACACCUAACAGCCAGUCCUUUAUAAACGUGCAUGAAUACAGAAUUAUGUGUGUCAUAAUUAGUCGUAUCCAUACACUUUACAAUGUGUGAGAAAUAUUCUCAUUACUCUCAAUUUUAGCAUCAAUCUAACAUUAUUGGCACGUUUUGUAAUUUGAGCUAUAAACAACUUCUAAAAACUUAGUAGUUUACAUCAUUAAUAAACAGCAUUUUAUCAAGUGUGUGCAAAAGCAUCGACUAUAACACAUUACCUCUGUUACUGUUCUUUACUUUUCAAUCUAAACGGGUGAUAUAUUAACAAGCAAACAUCAGCUUUGUCACUGAGAUAUGCAACGGUAAACAUAGAUUAUAUUAGCAAGCAAGCAAGCGUUAGCUUUGCCACUGAACUAAGCAACAGUUAGCAUUUAAUAUAUUAGCAAGUCAGCGUUAGCCCUGUCACUGAACUAUGCAGCAGUUAACAUGUAAUAAAUUUGCAAACAAUCGUUAUCUUUGUCACUAAGCUACACAACAAUUAUUAUGUGAUAUAUUAGCAAACUAAUGUUAGCUUUGUCAGUUAGCUACACAACAGUUAAUAUUUGAUAUAUUAGCAAGCUAAUGGUAGCUUUGUCAGUUAACCGCCCAACAGUUAGUAUAUAUAUUUGUAAGUCAAUGCUAGCUUUGCCAGUUAGCUAUGCAACAGCUAUGCCCGUUAGUUACUGGGUGUGAAAAAUCCGUAACAAUUAAUCUCUGUGUACGAACUGGUUUAUGUGGUGCAACCCAUUGUAACUUCGUAAUGCUACAUCUCCACUUGGUGAACACUUCCGUUUUUAAGUUUGAACGUACGGACAGCUGGUGCCAUGACCCCCUGCUCUCUUUUCAGAGGAUCGGAAAAAGAUUUGUUAGGUAUUGUGGAUUCCAACAGAAGACAAAGAAAUUGUCCGGUAGGAAAUGUGCAGUAGUAUUGUGAUAAACAAGGAGUGAAAACUAGGACUGAAGCAGUGUCACGUCUGCGAGAAGGGAGAGAAUCAGUGGUAUGUGUCCAUUAGUCAUAUUAGCCCAUUUGUCAUAUUAGCUAAAAUAAUCAAUCAGAAAAAAAACUUGUCUAAAGUGCUCUUAAUUUUCUUAGCCCAAAAUUAGGGGCUUUAAUUGGAGUAUCUUGUUUUCUUUUUUCUUCUUCUUAGGUUGUUGUUGCUUUUUGUUUUUAUAAUUACUGCAUCUCUCCAAACAAUGUCAUUCUGAUUUGAGUCGGCUUUGAUGAACUACCUCACGCUGAAUUUCUGCCAGAUCUUGCAUAUACUUAGUCUCCUGCAGAAUUAGCUAUCGAAGACGUGUGAAUAACAGAUUCCAUUAUUUAUUUAUUUGAAAGUGUACUAUUUGUUGGUUUCAACAGACUUCUAGUUUUGUACAUUAUGUAUACUUCACCUAGAAGUAAGAGAAUUGUUAUAUGUAUUUUUUGUUCUUUUUUUUUUUUGUUCUUUUUUUUUUUUUUUUUAAUCUAAAUGUGCAAUACCUUCAGCAAACUGUGCUAGUAGUAUGUGAUGGGCCUAGCCUUUGUUAGCUGUCUCCUGAAGGUAAAGAAAAUGUUUGGUACUGUCAAUCCAUGUUUUCCUUUUUUAUGAAUAAGAUCAAUUUUUAGUUCUGUGACUUGUUUAUAGUCAUGAUGUUACGUAAUCAGUCUUACCCACCAAGCCAAUCUGUCUGCCCAGGUGUGAUGCAGAGAGGGGAAGUUCUUUGAGUCGCAACACGGCAAACAGAUUUUGAUUUGGACUGUGGUAAGGACAAUAAUGUUAAUAAACACAAAAAAGAUGAGUAAAUACCUACAAGAAAUCAUUAUAUGUAUGGUGCUGGUUUGUAAUGUUUGCUAGUGAAUCCAGCCAUGCAAGUAGUUUUAAGAAUUCCUGGAUCUGCGCGUCCCAAAAACCGCAACCAACAAAGAAGUGCACUACUAGAAUACAUGCACUGGGAUCUGAUGAUGCCACCUCUUAAAAAAAACAAAACAAAACAAAAAAAACAUGUACUGCAAAUAAAAGAAAUACACUUUGAUUUAUGGUUGUAUGUCUUCUUUUUCCUGUAGUAACAAGUCGCAAAGC